AUGGCUUACUCCAAAAGUCUCACAUCCAUUUUCACCAUCAUCGUUCUCAACCUAAUCUUAUCAUUUGCUAGCGCAAAAUCUUCUACAUUCUAUCAAAACCUAUCCCCGAAGUCUUUGGGGCUGAAGAAGGAGAAGCUCAGCCACCUUCACUUCUUCUUCCACGACAUUGUCAGCGGCCCAAACCCCACCGCCGUCAGAGUGGCGGAGUCCCCUUCCACCAACUCUUCCUCCACGCUUUUCGGAUUCAUAGCAAUGAUCGACGACCCAUUGACUGUGGGCCCCGAACCCGAAUCCAAAGUCGUGGGAAAGGCUCAAGGAGUAUACGGGUCUGCAUCCCAACACGAACUGGGUCUAUUGAUGGUAAUGAACUUGAUGUUCACGGAAGGUAAAUACAAUGGCAGCACACUGAGCUUGUUGGGGCGGAAUGCGGUGUUCUCUACCAUAAGGGAAAUGCCAAUAAUCGGAGGAAGUAGGGCUUUUCGGUUUGCACGUGGUUAUGCUCAGGCAAAGACUUACACGUUUGAUUUAAAGACAGGAAAUGCUGUUGUGGAGUACAACGUUUACGUUUUGCAUUAUUAA